AUAGUCUACAGGACGCACAAUUUACACCAUCACGCCACGCCUCGUUUGUUCUUUAUAAUGCACACAAUAACUCCAGGUUAAUGCACUUUUGCUUUACUAAGUUUGGUUAGUUCAAUCCGGUGUGGUCUGUGUUGAGCGCGCGCUGUCCGGCGCGCGCUGGGAAAAGUUCCGGCGGCGCGGAUGAAUUCGGCACACAGGCACUGCGGCUCCAGUCUGGCUGACGCCGGGAUGUGCAGCCGGAGCCGCGGCUCCAUGCAGACACACGCGUUACACCUCCAGUCUUUUACACACACACGCACACACACACACACACACACACACACACACACACACACACAGAGGCAGACAGACAGACUGGCUGAGGCGGGAAUAGACUGCAAGUUCUGCAACGAGCUGAAGCAGGCAGUGCUGCGUCCAGAGACACACUAGUGCCAGUUCAGCGGCAGAGUGAUGAGAGGAAAAGCCUGUGAGGUGAUUAAGCGUAUCUGAGCUCUCAGACUGGCAGACGCCGCUUUCACAAGCAGACACUGGCUCACAGAGAGCAGAGCCACCAGUGCACUCACUACAUUUUAUUAGUUGUUUACUCUUUUCCCAGCUUUGUUUUGCCAUUUUACCUUCUUUUCUCCGUAUUUCCUACCUUCUUUACGUUUAUUUAGUGAAGCAUGGUUAGUUGCUGUAGGAUAUCAUUCAUCACAUCACAUCAGGGAGCUAACUUCAGGAGCAGCAGGAGUUCUUGUUUUUAACCUUCAAAUAAUAAAUAAUCAUUUGUUUUGUAUUUGUUGUGGUACAUAUCUGAGGGUCAGAUCUGAUGUUGGUAUAUGAUAGAAGAUUGAAGAAUGUCACCUGUUGACAGCAGGAGAAGCAGCUGAACAAUGCUGCUGAGAUCCCAGUGUUGUUCCAGACUCAGCGACUGGCAGGGAGUAUAUUUUUCCAGAGAGAUAUUCCUGCACUCUUGUGCAAUUCUCUGAAUGAUUAUUCUCUGGACAAACAGUGCCUAAAGCAUUUCUAUUCUUGACAAAUGCUUGCAGUUUUAACUCGACCUCUUACAUGAAUAUUUUUCUUCUUCUUCCAGUUCCAGUAAAAGGACAAACCCAGACCUUUUGGCUUUUCCAAGAAAACAUCUCCAUCACAGGGAUUCCUCUACAACGUCCACUAGCUUUUGAAUGAGAGACAACAAAAUUUGAAUCCCUGAACUUUUCCUUCAUCAGCAGCACUAAUUACACCCCAUCCUCCCCUAAUUAACUCAAAAGCUUUGUUGCACUUUGUGGCAAUGCACGCCACUACAUCCAUCACAUCACUGUUUUCCUUUACAAGUCCAGCUGUGAAACGACUGCUGGGAUGGAAACAAGGUGAUGAGGAGGAGAAAUGGGCAGAGAAGGCUGUGGACUCGCUGGUGAAGAAGCUGAAGAAAAAGAAAGGGGCAAUGGAGGAGCUGGAGAAGGCACUGAGCUGUCCAGGUCAGCCGAGCAAGUGCGUGACCAUCCCGCGCUCCCUGGAUGGACGGCUGCAGGUGUCGCAUCGGAAAGGCCUGCCACAUGUCAUCUACUGCCGUGUGUGGCGCUGGCCUGACCUGCAGUCGCACCAUGAGCUGAAGGCACUGGACUGCUGUGAGUUUCCAUUCGGCUCCAAGCAGAAAGACAUCUGUGUCAACCCCUACCACUACCGCCGUGUGGAGACACCAGUGUUGCCUCCUGUCCUGGUACCUCGCCACAGCGAGUUCAACCCUCAGCACAGUCUGCUGGCCAAAUUCCGCCAUGCCUCCCUCCAAAAUGAGCCGCUCAUGCCCCAGAAUGCCACUUUCCCAGACUCAUUUCCUCCACUGCCUUGCAGCUCAUUCUCCUCCUCUCCAUCUGGCUCUCUCCAGUCCCCAAGUGCACACAGCCACCCAAACUCCCCAAGUAGUACGUCUGAACCGGCAAGUCCCUACCACAUCACAGAGACCCCACCACCACCCUACAGCAUGAUGGAAACGAGCCCUCCACAGGACGUGAAGCCAGGAGAGUCGUCCAACACGAUUAAACUCACUCUGUCUGCUCCACACAGAGACUUGAGGCCAGUGUGUUAUGAGGAGCCGGAGCACUGGUGUUCUGUGGCUUACUAUGAACUGAACAACCGAGUUGGAGAGACCUUCCACGCCUCAUCACGGAGCAUUCUGGUGGACGGCUUCACGGAUCCGUCCAACAACAAGACCCGGUUCUGCUUAGGGCUGCUGUCCAAUGUUAACCGCAACUCUACCAUCGAACACACCCGCCGGCACAUAGGCAAAGGUGUGCACCUGUAUUAUGUAGGAGGUGAGGUGUACGCUGAGUGCCUGAGUGACAGCAGCAUUUUCGUACAAAGUCGCAACUGCAACUACCAGCAUGGUUUCCAUGCCACUACUGUGUGCAAAAUCCCCAGCGGCUGCAGCCUUAAGAUCUUCAACAACCAGUUGUUCGCCCAGCUGCUGUCUCAGUCAGUGAACCACGGCUUUGAGGUGGUGUACGAGCUCACUAAGAUGUGCACCAUCAGAAUGAGCUUUGUCAAGGGCUGGGGUGCAGAAUACCACCGCCAGGAUGUCACGAGCACCCCUUGCUGGAUUGAGAUCCACCUGCACGGACCUCUGCAAUGGCUUGAUAAAGUUCUAACCCAAAUGGGUUCCCCACACAACCCUAUCUCAUCCGUGUCCUAACACUGUAUGUACACUCCAUAACUCACAGCACAACCUGAGGAUCAGCACAGGAGAAAGCAGUGUCCAAACCACCAUCUCAGUUUUCUCUAAAGGUUCAUGGUACCAGUAGGCUAUCACAGACUUCAAAUGACUUUAAGGCAUCUUUUGCAUCGAAUAGCUAGAGUAUUAGGACCGUUUCUGUUUAGUCCUUGUUUUUUUUUAUCAAAAAGCCCAAUAUUCCAUAAUUUGAUUUCUGUACCGUCUAGAGAGCAACACAGUGAUGGAAGAUUAAGGAAAGAGUCAGUAGUAGCAAUGUUAGCUUGAUGUUUGUUUUGUGUUGGCAACAUGUCUACAUUGUGAAUCCUAUUACAUGCUUGAUUUUUUUUCCUAUUUUUUGAAAUACAGAAUUUCCCUCUCA